CAUCCUCCUCUCCCGUGGUGUGGUGCGGUGAUCGAGGUCGAGGAGGAUUAUGGCAGGAGUUCGUUAAAAAGUACAAAUUUCCAAUGAGUUGAUAUGUGUGUUUUAGUUCGACACGGGGAUUCUCACUUUUUAGUCGAACGGGCCGUCGACUGGCUCUUGUACGCCCCAGCCAGCAUGGGGAAGCUCCUGUCCAAAAUUUUCGGCAACAAGGAGAUGCGAAUUUUGAUGCUGGGUCUUGACGCAGCCGGCAAAACAACCAUUCUGUACAAGCUCAAGUUGGGCCAGUCCGUCACCACCAUUCCUACUGUGGGUUUCAAUGUCGAAACAGUCACCUACAAAAACGUCAAAUUUAACGUCUGGGACGUGGGUGGACAGGACAAGAUACGGCCCCUGUGGAGGCACUACUACACGGGCACGCAGGGGCUCAUAUUCGUGGUGGACUGUGCUGAUCGCGACCGCAUAGACGAGGCGCGCCAGGAGCUGCAUAAGAUCAUCAACGACCGGGAGAUGAGGGAUGCAAUUAUCCUUGUGUUUGCAAACAAGCAAGACCUGCCAGACGCCAUGAAGCCGCACGAAAUCCAGGAAAAGCUGGGGCUCACGCGCAUCCGGGACCGCAACUGGUACGUGCAGCCGGCGUGUGCGACAACGGGGGACGGCUUGUUCGAGGGCCUCACCUGGCUCACCUCCAACCACAAGUCCUGAAGCCGAGCCGAGCCGCCCGGCCACAAGACUCUCCCGGCUCCAGCCGCCCGUGCGCUGCCGCCGUCGCCAGACCAGCUUGGCUCUUGGGACACUCGAGUUUUGCGUCACACAGUCUCUUAGCAUUGGGCUGACACCUUUGUUUUUGUACAUUGUUGGGUUGUACAUAUCAGUUUCACCAGAGGGCCAAUAAAGCUUUGUUCCCGAAGCGGUCA